CAUCAAUAAGUCUGUGAAGGAUGCCCCGUUAACCCUGACCUCGUUUUCAGUUCAUUUAAAAAUGCACACAUUUAAAACGUGAGUCAAUAAUGCAAACGAUUAAGUGGUGGAAUUAUUCCCACUACUAUAUUUGGCUAGUUUGUCACCUCAUUGUCUGUAAAAAUGGCAUAAAAAGUUUCAUUAAGCUAGGACAACCGUUUUCAGUUAAAAAAAAACAAACAAAAAAAAAACCAAAAAAACAACAAUAGCAUUUUCAUUUUCUCACAAAGUAUAAACAAGGACACCUUUUCAUCAUUAGCCACUAUGAGCUCAGUGUCUCGAAGUUUAAUUCACAAGCUAAAGAAUAAUGGCACUGAAGUUGGACCUCCAGAGGGGUUUGUCUGUUGGAGAAAUUUGCCCGUUUCCCUGCAGGGGGCUACGACAACACAAGACCCAGUUUUACCACCCACAUUGUCAAGGGAAGCGACCUGCGUUUGACCGUUAAAAUUGUUUAAACACUGAAAAUAACCACGGACAGGUUGAAUAUUCCUUAUCGUUAGCAGGGCUGUUUUCUCCCCAUCCUCCAGAGUGAAGAUGCUUCUGAAUAUAAAACAUAUACUGUGGUUAUUGUGCCUAUACAGCACAUCGCUGGCUUCAGGCUCACUAAUAGUGAUGCAGCCAGUGAGGGGGUCUCUUUCAGGAAAGGUGGUCUUGCCGUGCCACUUUUCCACCCUCCCUACAGCAUCUCCCAGCAAUGCUACGACCCCUGGAACAGACUAUCUGCGCAUUAAAUGGACCAGGGUAGAGGGUGAAGUGGAGUCCAUAGUAAUCGUUGCUCAAAAUGGUGUCAUUAAAAUUGGGUCAGGCUACAAAAGCCGUGUAUCUGUGCCGAGUCACCCAGAGGAUAUCGGGGAUGCUUCAUUGACUGUUGUGAAACUGCGAGCUAGCGAUGCCGGAACUUACCGCUGUGAGGUCAUGUAUGGCAUUGAAGACACUCAAGACAUGGUCAGCUUGGAUGUCAGUGGUGUUGUCUUUCAUUAUCGUCCCAAGACCAGUAGAUACACCUUGACCUACAACAACGCUGUGGAGACCUGUCGAAGUGUCGGGGCUACAAUUGCCACAGCAGAACAGCUAAAAGCGGCUUAUGAGGAUGGUUUUGAUCAGUGUGAUGCUGGUUGGUUAGCAGAUCAGACAGUGAGAUACCCGAUCACUAACCCAAGGCCUGGCUGCUCUGGGAACCUGCCUGGAAAACCUGGUGUCCGGUCAUAUGGCCUUCGAAUGCCCACUGAGACGUAUGAUGUGUUCUGCUAUGCAGAUAAACUUGAGGGUGAUGUAUUCUUUGCACCUACCACAAAUAAGAUGACAUUCGAGGAAUCAAAGACUGAGUGUGAGCAAAGAAAUGCUACCUUGGCCUCACCUGGUCAGCUCCACUCAGCCUGGAGAAAAGGUUUAGAUCGCUGUGACUACGGAUGGCUGUCUGACGGAAGUGCCCGCUACCCUGUUGCCAUACCCAGAACACGAUGCGGUGGAGGUCUGCUUGGAGUUCGCACCAUGUACCAGUUCCGCAACCAGACAGGCUUUCCUGACCCCACCACGAAACUGGGAGCCUACUGCUACAUAGGUUAUGAGUUUCUACUCAACCAGACAACAAGGGUGGAUGUUACAAUUGAGGGUGUCACCACAACCUCACCCUCUACAGCCUCUUCAACCACAGUCCAGACUGCUCAAUCUGAGUCCGCCCUCAAGCCAAAGGAAUUCAUUUACUCACAGACCACCAUAGAUGACUCUGAGAACCAUCCCCUGACAGACUCGCCUUUCAUGUUUUCCACCAGCAUGGCCCUAUCAAGCAGUUCUGACUCACCAAGUAGCCAACAUGUAACAGCUAUCACAGAGGAUUUAGAAGUCCAUGACUCAGUAACCACUCUUGCAGAUGUUAAGACUGUGUCGGAAACUCAAGAUUAUGGAGUGCACUUAGUAACCACAACAGCUGGUACUGCUCUUCCUGAGAUUCCUUCAGACAAACCAGAAGAUAACAAACACAUUGAAAUAGGUACAAUUCCACCUGAUGUUUUAAUCUCAGCCUCUCCAAGCACAGAGUCAAUGUUUGCACUGGGUAAAACAGAGGAAUCUAUUCUGGAACAUGAGAAAAAAGAUAUAGCCUCUGAUCUCAUGCACACUACCCCUGAUCUGACAGUAAAACCCACAAAGUUAAUCAGCACGACUAUUGAGGUUUCACAAUCUAGUACAGCAAAAGAUGACACUAUUCUGCCUAACGUCACCACAGUUCAUCUUACCACCAUAACUGAGAUAAGCCCUACAGAGGAAAUUCAAGCUACAGUGUUUGGUGAUUAUGACAGCAGUGAGAAAGGCAAUAAAAUUGGAGUUAUGGCUGGACCGCCUCCCACACAAACAUUCACUGAACUUUCAGAUACCACAGAUGGACUUAGUAAUGAUGCAACUGUCCCAUUCACAACCUAUACAAUACAACCCGAUACAAUUCAUUCUGAUGUUCCCACAUCAGCAUCAUCUACGGUUGCCAUGCCUAAGAGGCUAACAACUCCUGCACUCAGUGAAAUACUGGCUGAGAAAUCAGAUACAACUAAGUCAACUGUAGAAGAAUCAGUAUUGUGUAGUCUAGAAGGCCUAAGUAAAAGUGUGGCAAAUGGCAAGGAUACAGAAGACAUCACACGUUCUCCUCAAAAAAGCAAGAACAAUUGUACAGAUAACCCAUUUGUCCAAGUGAUCAUCAUUAACAUUCAUCAGCAGAAUGAAACAGUUCAACUGGACCAUCUGAUACCCCAGAUUCCUAUUAUUCCUGAGGUUCCCAGUGAUCGCAUUCCUUCCCCUGUGUAUGGUGAGCCUAUUUGGGAUCAUGAAGAGGCUACUUUAGACUUCUCCUCUCCUGCAGCCACCUCCACACCAACACUUAGUUUUAUAAAUGGCAAACAUGAGGUGACCAUUGAGCCUGAGAAGUCUUAUGCUGAUAAAGAGGCAAGAGGAGAUGUGUUUGAGAGUGUAUCCUCUCAAAACCUAUCACAAACAGAAGAAAAAAUAGAGACAACAUCCAAUUUUGAUUACUCACUGGUAGACACUGGUGCAACACAAGAUGUAACAUAUUCAAUGUCCAUUUCCCUCAGCACAGUGGAGCCAAAAUAUGUUUAUGACAAAGAACAAAUAAGUGUAGAGUCCACUCCUCCAUCAUUUGUAAUGCCAGAUCCUGAAGAUAAGACUCUCAUAGAGGAGGGAAACUUAAUACCAAAUACUCCAUCUGGUAUCACAGUUGAAAGAAGCUUCUCACUAAAACCACAUCAGCCAUCUGUGUUCCCAACAAAUACAACUGCAACAGCUAUCUCAGAGGUGGCACCUUCUAAGCCAAUAGACACGACUGAGGAAAUUUCUCUUUCUAUUGAAAAUGGGUCUGGGCAGGAAACGGCUACUAUUCAAAUUGUACAAGUGACACAGGAAAGUGCAACAUUGCAAGCAACAGAAAGCGACAAAUUAGACCAUACAAUGUUUGCAACCACUGAAAAGAAAUCAUUACUGCCCUCUUUUACUGACACCACAGAUAUUACCUACACAGCCUCAAACUACCAGACAAUAGAGUUGGGAAUCAAAGAGUAUGCUUUUACUUCAGACACACCCAUGUCUGCAACACAUCAGACAGACAAUAUGUCCACACCUGAACACACUGAAAAACAAGCUAUUUCAAAAAGCACAAUUAUGGUUACAUCUUCACCAGACGUAGAACGCAUUACUUCACUAAAAUCCUUGCUUAUAACUGAAGAAGAAGGAUCAGGUGGUGAACCCCAUGAUUUGAUUUUUACAAAGCUUACAUUACAGCAUACUGUGACAAAUGAUUUUGAGGCCACAUCACCACACACACCUCUGGACGCAGAAAUUAUGAUGCUCCAAACAGAAGAAACAUUAUUAACGAAACCAUCAGAAGUUAAUAUUACUGAUUCCUCAGAAAACCUAUUCUCCACACAAGAAGAAGAAAGUUUAAAUGAAAUAUCAGCUAUAAGCACUGUGUCUACAGUGGAGAAAACAAGUAAAUAUGUGUCAUCAGGUACACAUUCUGAAACCUUUCCAUUUUCUGAAGCUGAUGGCUCGGGAGAUCAGUCGCAUGUUAUAUUGACAACAGUUUUUCCAUUGCAUACUACAACCCACUCUGAACAAAAUAUUACCACAACAGCUGUUUAUACAGUUCAGAGAGUUGAUGAAACAGUGUCAGUGAAGACUCUUUCAGAGGAAACGGAAGCAAAUCAGGCUACUAUUUCUCCUUCAGCCUUUUCAAGUAGCUACAUGGAGACAACAACGGAACCGGUGCCAUGUAGCAACAUUUCUGAAGAAGUCAUACAAGAACCCUUCACUGCCACAGUUCCAUAUGUGAUGUCAGAGGAAGGCUCAGGUGAUCAGAGUCCUGACAGACACACAGCAGGAGAGACAUCUGCAGUGCAUAUUAUUGAUGCCUCUGAAAUGGUCACCUCAACAGAGAGCUCAGAGAAGAAAACAACUGAUAAAUGUAUUAUUGAGUCCAUAAGUCAAGGUUUGCCAAGUACAAAAUCAGAGUCACUAUUGCUCUUCCAAGAUACAGAAGGUUCAGGUAAUCAAAUAAUUGAUGCAUUUGCCACAACAUCCACAACUCCUAACAGAGAUCAUUUCAAGUCCACAAUACCAAUGUGGGAUGGCACACUGUUACCUCACUCAGAAGGCACAUUAUUGGAGAGAACAUCAGAGAGCCCAGCCAUUGCAUUCAGUAUUCCAAUUACAGUCCCCUCUACACAUGAGCUUACCAGAGAGCAAGAAACUACUAUAGCAACAAGUACAAUGACGACAAGUCAUGCAUCCACACUGAUUCCUGCCUUUUUGUUGUCAGAUGUAACUACACUAAAAGUGGAAACACAUCACACAAAUGGAGCAGAGACUGAAAAGCCAUCAUCAACCAUAACAAGUAAGGAUGUCACCUCAAACUUAUUAGAGGAUGAUAUUUCUGGUGAGAACAUUCUUGAUAGGUUGAGCACAGCCUCUUUUAUGCAAGUGCAUAGUAUAGCCACAGAUGACCAGCACAUGACAACAAGAACAUCGACACAAAGUGAAGCAAAAGAAAGUAUUUCUACUACUACAACAAGAACAUUUACAGUUGACCAUGCACAAUCAAUCUCAAUAGAGUCUAGCUCAAUAGAGAUAGGAAUAACACCAGACACUGGUGAAUUCAACCAAAACACAACUGGCACAAUGGUUGGAACUAGCCAUUACAAAACAGAGUCACCUUUCAAUACUAGAUAUGUAGAAAACUCAGGGGUUCAAAUCUCAAAUAUAGUUUCCAAGGACUCACAUAUUACUUCAGCUCCAACCCAAGAGAUACCACAUUCAGAGGGUUCUGGUGAAGAAAGUGGAGAGUUUGAGGAUGGUGUUUCUGGUGAUUUCUCUAAUACAGUUGUUGAGUCCACUCCUCCUUCACAAGUUCCAUUAACAAAGGAUGUAUUAACAACAAAAUCAGGGGCCAUUAUGGGAACAGAGUUGGCAGUACACUCAACUGUUAUGGAGGUAUCAUCAGAGUUUGCCCACUCAACAGUGACAGGUACAAUCCUUGCCUUUACAGUUGGUGAUGGUUCUGGGGACCAGAAUGAAGACAUCCUCAACACUGUAUCUGUCACCUCACCAACUUCUAUUACAACAUUUGGUGUCAGAGAGACAUUCACAACUACUAGCAGUUCAACUGUAACCGCUGACCAUUUUUCAUUAAGUACGUCUCAAAUAUCUCACUUAGAGAGUAUACAUAAUGCCACAUAUUUAAUGUCAACCGCUAUCGAUAUGGAAACGUUAGGGGCCUCAAGCAAAGAUCAAGAGUCUUCCAUACUUGAAGGAUCUGCUGACAAUAUGUCAGAAACAACUGAAGCAAGUAAAGAAUAUUCUGUAAGAACUGAUGAGGCGGAAAUUAGUUAUGCAAAGAGCACAGUAGAUUACUCAGAUGUUGAAUCCGCUACACUUUCCACAAAGUUAACAUCAGAAUCUUCUUCACAAAUUCCUUCAAGCCCAGCACAAACAGAUUUGAUGUCUUCUUCUUUGGAGUCUGGUAGUGGUGACACAGAGGACACUACUAUUGAAACUGAAGGUGCUGAUGAUAAUGGAUCUGGUGAUCUAGUAUCCACUGUCCUUGAGUCAUCUCAUCUUCAUGGUGACAUGAAGGAUACUACAUCUGAAGGCACUGAAGAUGAAGGCAUUGAUGAUGAAAGUUCUGGUGCUCUUAUUGAGUCUGCUGCUCCUUCACAAGCUCCAACAACAGAUAUAAUAACAGAAAAAACAAAUGCAUCAAUGAACAUAGGUAUCAAAGACCUGCCAUUGGCUGUUCCUACUUCAACAGAUUUGGAUUCUUUAACAAAUGAAGAUAAUUUGCGUAAACAGUCAACUGUAACAAGUGUGACACUGACGCCAGGAACAGAUUCAAUCUAUCUGAUAUCAAAGCACGUUGACAUUGAUUCUUUAGUUUCAACAACAGAUGUUGACAAAGGGACACUGAAACUUUUUACAGAGGAUGGAGGUUCGGGUGAUGAAAUGCUAGUUAAUACCCCUAGUGAAUUGCAGAAAUCUACAAGUGCCACUGUAGGAGCAACUAUGCAAAGUGCCACAUCCACCAUAGCUACUGGAAAAGUUCAGUUGUCCCACAGUACAACAAAGAUUUUUGAGACUGAGACCACAGAAGACAAUUUAGAAAUUUCUACACAAGUUUCCCUAACCACUAGUUUGCCUAUAGAGAGUUCAUAUACUACACUUGUGGAUGAAGUCAGUGUCCAAACUUCACCUGAGUCAUUAGUGACGGGCACAGAUGUGACUACUCCAGUUUUCUCUGUCAUAUACCAAGAUGGUACAGAUAAAGAAGUUACAACAAUUGUCCCAUCUAGCAAUGAGAUCAGAUCUAGCAAAAUUACCGCAAGACUUCAUGAUACCAAAUCAAUUACAAGCCCUGUUAUCAUAUUCACAGAAGAGAUAAAAGAUGAAGAUGAACUUUUCUCAACAGUUACAGACAGCAUGAGAGACCAUAGCACCAAAAAAGAAUUUAUCAACAAAGAUGAUAUAAUCAUUGAUGCAGAUACUGUUUCAGUGUUGAAACCCUCAUCACCUUUUGCCUCCACUAUCAUCACAGAGGAAGCAGCUGGCAUAACAGCUGUCACCAUGACACCUCAAUCCUCCAGCAUACUGACAGAGGAACCAGAAGGUUCUGGAACAGACAGUCCUGUUUUACCAUCCUCAGAUUUACACGUGCCUACUCAAUCAUUGGAAGGGUCAACAGCUAAAAGCAUAGAUUUAAGCAGCUCAGUAAAAGCUGAGGAAACAGAAACAAAACCAACAUUCUCUGUAGAUAUCAUUGCUGAUAUCAUUCAAACUGUGGCUCCUUCAAAGAUGAUGCCACACUUAUCCACAUCCACAAAUUCUGCUCAAACAACCCUGUAUUCCGCUCAUAGUACUACACAUUACAACACUGGAAAAUCCUAUCCUAGUCAGACCACCUUGCAUGAUACCUACAGCACAAAUCAACCUACAUUUACCACCACUGAUUCUGUUUCCACUACCAGUCAGCACAGUCACAUCAUCCCUAAACCCAGCCAUACAACCACCAGUCAACCUAAGACCAUCUUUCAUGUGACCUCUACCACAUCACAGUCUGAAUUUAGAACUACACAGGCAAUGCCCAAGACAUCACAUUCUAUGUUGACGUCUGUUUUGACUGAUAAUUUCUCAGGAGACCAUGUCUCUGCUGAAGACUCUGGAAUGCAAACUUCAAUACCAGAUGUCAUUACAUCUACAGAUACAAGUUCACCCACAACCUUAACAGCAGAUGUUAAUUCUACUUUACAUGGAAUGGUAUCUGCAACCUCUGGAUAUAAUAUGGAUAAGACCACCAACUCUAAACAAUCAGUGUUUAUUUUAGUCUCCCAGGGAAGUGUAACAGAGGAAGGCUCAGGUCUCAUAUCAGAACUUACAGUGUCUAGUGGAUCAGAUGUACUUGGUAUGGCAGAGGCUACAGAGCAUGGUGAACCAAGAUCAGAAACUGAGAUUGAGACCACCAUACAUCCAAACAUGGAGAUUGAGAGUAAUACUAGUGUUAGAACUGCUACACAAUCUGAUGUCACAGUACAACCAACCACCAUAUAUGAGGUAACAAAAUUAGUGCAAACUGAAAGAGUUGAAGUGAAUGAUAGGCCAACAACAGUGACAGUAACAAAAAGCUCAGAGAUGCCAUUAUUUGAUUCAACCAGAGGAAAGACAUCAAGCCCAUUAUUAUCAGAGGAAAGCUCAGGUGAUAUGUUUUCUGAAAUCUUCACUGAAGUAUCAACAGCUGUCUCUUUUAAAGUGUCAACAGAUCACAGAGACUUUUCCACCACUCAUUCAGAUGCAUUGGUAUCACUAUCUAAAGAAACUGAUAGUACAACCUAUGCACCCCCAAUACUCACAACAUCAAGGGUCCACCCUGAAGCAGUGUUUGAAAUUACACUUACAGCCCAGCCUACUAAAGAUACCUCGGCAGCAGACGAUUUGUCAACAACAACAACUAUUCCCAUGGUGUUUAUGUCCACUUCAGAAAACGGCAAGUAUACUCAGUAUACCCAACCCACAAAGCAAGGUGUGCAGUCGACUCAAGGCAUACCAAUAAUGGAUGGUGAUGCCAUAUCUGAACCUUCUUUAGUAGAAUCAGUACCAGAUUUGUUUGAUUCUGAGACUUUCUCAAAGCCUGAGAGUAAGACUCCCCUUGAAAACACUCCAGUAUAUGAGAGUAAGACAUCAGUUAGCAGCACUGAAUGGCCACACAUUUCAGACAAAAAUCCUUUACAGAGGUUAUCCACUGUGUCACCUUUGGAGCACUUUACUUAUGAAACUAACAAAGAAGAGGUAACCACUGUCAUACCGUCAUCUGAUGAGACAUCACCAGCAUCACCAAUGCAAGACUCUUAUGAUUCAUUCACUUCAUCUGUAGAUAAGUUAAAUGUGUCAGAGGAACAAAAAACAUUUGGUCAAACUGAGGAAACUGCAAUGGCAAUUCUGAAGAGUACAGACUACACCACAUCAUCCGCUGAUGGAAUUCAAAUGCAUUCUGAUACAACAGCUUCUCCUAAAGAUAUUUCUGAUGACACUAUAUUGGUUGAGAGCUCAGACCCUAAUCCAGAAGCACUGAAUGGAACACAAAGACCUAGACUGAACAUGGACCUAGGAUACACAGUUAUUGGAGAGCCAUAUGAUAUUGCAGAUGUCCAUUCAUGCUCUGAUGAUGGAUGUAUGAAUGGUGGCUCAUGUUUGAAAAGGGGUAAUGUCCAGAUUUGCAGCUGCCUACCCGGGUACACUGGUGACCGUUGUGAAAUAGAUAUUGAUGAGUGCCACCCCAACCCAUGUCGAAAUGGGGGUACCUGUGUAGAUGGGAUCAACUCUUUUAAUUGUGAUUGUCUACCAAGCUACAGAGGAUCUCUCUGUGAAGAAGACACAGAAACGUGCAGUUAUGGUUGGCAUAAGUUUCAAGGCCAUUGCUACAGGUAUUUCCCUCACAGACGCACCUGGGAUGUAGCAGAGCGUGAAUGUCGUCUUCUGGAUGGUCAUCUUACUAGUAUUCUGUCCCAUGAAGAACAGCAGUUUAUCAACCGCCUUGGCCAUGACUACCAGUGGAUCGGACUGAACGAUAAGAUGUUUGAAAGUGAUUUCCGGUGGACAGAUGGCCGUAUUUUGCAAUAUGAGAACUGGAGACCCAAUCAGCCAGAUAGUUUCUUCUCUUCUGGAGAGGACUGUGUAGUAAUGAUCUGGCAUGAGGAUGGCCAGUGGAAUGAUGUCCCAUGUAACUACCACCUCACCUUUACCUGCAAGAAAGGCACAGUGUCGUGCAGUCAGCCACCUGUGGUGCCAAACGCUCGUACCUUCGGGCAGAUGCGGCCUCGCUAUGAAAUCAACUCGCUAGUGAGAUACCAGUGUAUGGACGGCUUCAUCCAGAGGCACCUUCCCACCAUUCGCUGCAAAGGAGAUGGCUCCUGGGACCUGCCUAAAAUUUCUUGCAUGAAUCCCUCCAACUUCCAGAGAAGAUACAGCCGGUGGUAUCAACACAUCAGAAUUUAUGGCAGUCAUCGGAAAAGGUCUGCAGAGAAGCCUGCCAGUUCCCCCCAGAAACACCAUCACCAUGCCUUCAAGGACAACAGAACCAAAUAAUAGGCCUACUAUGAUAUAGUCUCAAUGACUGAUUUCUUUUUUUAACAACACUCACAGGACAUCUGACUUAAACCUAGAUACAUGUGUGGAAAUAGGAAAUGGACAAAACACAGAAAAAGAUAAGCAUCUUGAGUUCUAGAUUUUGGAAUCAACACAGUGCCUUUUCAGUAUUUUAGGACUAAUGGAAGAUUUUCUCAAGUAUUUUCAGUUGGCCACUAAAAAAAGGACUGUUGCUGUUUCUGCUGGAUGACUGACUGAUCCUUGCUAGUCAAUGUAUAUGUUAGUGAAUCUGUGUUUGUCUUUUUCUUCAGAUCACAAAAUGCCUUCUUUGCGCAGUAUAUACUAAUGUAACUUUGCAACACUACAAACUCCAGGAGAUGGUAGAAAGUCAGCAUGUAAAGGACUGUGAGCCAGAAAAUAUUCCAGCACAUAUUUUUUUUACUGGAUGUUUUCAUAUGGGUGCUGUAUGUCAAAGUUAUUUCAACCUGGGAUUCCACAAAUUCUAAAGAACAAGAGCUAAAAAAAUCACAACAUAUGGGAGUUGAGACACAUCCAAAAGACUAAAAAAGGAAUACAAUCAAAGACAAUCCAAUAAGUGCUCAAUAUUCUGUACAUAAUAGUACACAGACUACAGGAAAAGGUGGAGUGAGCUUUGAUAACUGAUCCAAAAGGAAUUUGCUAUAAUAACCUCACACAAAGAACAAUUAAGUGCCUAGAUCAAAUAGCAAGAAAAAAAAUCAGGCUCAAAUCAUAUUAUGUAAGCUAUUUUGUCUUUCUGGAUCUACAGCAGAUACAUCUCAUUUAAUCCCUAAAUUCUCGAGUUCCUCAAUUUUCAUCCAUAACUUCAGCUUUAAUGUUGUCUUAGGUGAAAUGUCAAACUACUUUUAAGAGAAUGUACUUUGUGAAUUGCUCAACAAGACUUGAACCACAUGCUUUUUAACAGCAUGCAGGUCAUUUAUUUUCCAAGCUGCUCCUAAUCUUCUUGUGGUUGUAUUUAAUGUACAACACACUGGAGAUGUAAUAUGACCUGCAUGCACAAGUGCAUUAUUUUAGAGCCCAGCAAAGCCAUGUGGUGACACUUGUGAUUGUUAAGGAUAUUUUCUAUUUAAACACAGAGAUUAGAAAGUAAUAUGACAUUUGGGGUGUUUCAAUAGGCCAAAAAAAGACCAGAAUCUACCAGUCAAACUUUUCUGCAUGGAAUGUCUCAACACAUCUCAACAAUAAUUGUUAUCCAUUUGUUCAUCCCAAGCAUUGUUUUGUUUUUUUAAAUGCAUUUUUGUUGUUUGUCAGUUGUUUUUUAUCCAAAAGUGCACAUAUCUUUUUUUUUUUUUUUUUUUUUAUACAUAUUUAAAGUAUAACAUGUUUAUUGUAUAAUGUGAAUGUCUGGGUUGUGUGUGGAAAAAAAAAAAAAAAAGAUUGGCUAGGAAAGUUA